CCUAACGCCUAUGAUCUGCCAACAGGUGACCUCAAAGCAAUCACCAACAAUCAUUCUAUACCAACAGGUGACAUCACAGCAAUCACCAACAAUCAUUCUCUGCCAACAGGUGACAAUCAUUCUCUGUCAACAUGGGACCUCACAGCAAUCACCAACAAUCAUUCUCUGCCCUCAGGUGACCUCACAGCAAUCACCAACAAUCAUUCUCUGCCAACAGGUGACCAGGCAUCAAUCACCAACAAUCAUUCUCUGCCCUCAGGUGACCUCUCAGCCUACCUGUCCCCCGCCGGCUCCAGUUCCCCGCUGCUCCAGUAUGGCAGCCCGGCAGGGGACGCUGCGCUACCACUUACGUCAUCGUCUCACCGGAUUGAUCUGCCCCUGAACUUGACCUAUUUCGACUCUCACUCUGACACCAUCUAUGUGAAUAAGGAUGGCUUCCUGAGUUUGGAUUCUGCCCUCCCGUUCUACAACAGCAGCGGGUGGAUAGAGAGGACAGUGGAGUCGGCUCAGGAUAGGCCUAUCAUCGCACCGUUUUAUUAUGAGAGUCCUGAUCCUGCCCUUGCUGGAAAUCGAACCCCUGGGAAUGUGUUUGCUCGGCUCGUCACCCGAAGCUCCGCCUCUGACCAGUUCAUGGAUGACCUUAGCGGUUAUUUGAUUCAGGCUGUGGUCAACGUUCCUUCUGACUUUUCUGCCAAAAUGGUUGUCAUAGCGACGUGGGUCAACGUGACGGACAGGCUACAGCUGUCGAGCGGAUGUGACCUCACGAGCACAUGCAAAUCUUCAACCUUCCAAGCUGUUGUUGUGGCUGACGACAGCAACACCUUUGUCAUAUUUAACUACGAGAAGAUGGAGAUUCCUAUCAGACAGUACUACCAGGCAGGUGUGAACGGCGGGUACCGGAGGGGCUGGACUAACGUGGUCCCGUGCCAGCAUCGUUGCCCCGGCGACAUGGACUACCAGUGGCUGUACAGCGCGCCAAGCCUUCAGGGCGCGGACGUCCGGGGGAGGUUUCUGCUGUCUGUGGGGGCGGAGCUGGUGGUCAGGGGGGGAUGUCUGCCCGGUGCUUUCAGGACAGGUCAGCUGAUAGAAGUGUACCCCCAGAAGAUCGGCAUGUUCGGCGGAGAGAAGCUGGAGGUGUCGGGCCUGUGUUCCUCACCUGGCACACAAGUCACCUGUCGGUUCCGACCUCUGGACAAUGCGUUCACCCCGCUGGUGACGCACGGGGAGAUGAGGAACAGCAUGCGCGGCUACUGCCCGGUGCCCAUCCUCACAUGGACGGGGGCCACUGUGGUCGAGUGGUCAGUGGAUGGACGGGUGUCCAACCUGAGCAGGACCAUCACUGCUGUGCUCCCUGACCGCAUGGAGAAGAACGUGCAGUUCACGCGGGACCUGUACCUGCAGUGGUUCACACGGAACGCUUCCAGCAUCACCGUGGAAUGGAACCCCAGCGGUCUGUCUCUCGAUCCUAGCGCGCAGGUCAAUAUCAAACUGAUCGGGUACAGAGAGGAUGAGGCCAAUAACCGGGUCAUGUACAGCGUGCUUCGUGAGCUGGGCAGCAGCAGGAACCAGGCGGCGUCCUUCACCUUUGACGUGUCCAGCCACAGAUGUACCUCCGACUGUGAGCUGUACGAAGAAGGUCUCCUGGAGGUCUCGCUGCUGGACGGUCAGCAAGGACUGGCCAACGACAGAGUAGCUGUGCGGUACGGACCGAUCCCCCUGGGCUGGUACGUGAACGAGCAACUGACCUCAGUCCGCGGCCCUGAUUGGUCAGACGACAAGUGCAGAGAGUGGAAUGCCCGAGACUCCACCCAGGAGGCUUGGCUACAGGACCUCUUGCCCUGCCCCUGCAGCCUGGACCAGGCCUUGGCGGACUUUGGCCGGUUCCAGGCAGACCCUGGGUGUAACUUGUUCACGGGCAGUAAAUGUUUUUACCACAAGGGAGCCAAGCACUGCGUACGCUCCAUAGUGCCUGUAGGCCCUGAUGGGUCGGGCAACCAGUGCUGUUACAACCAGGACGGGACACUGAGGUACUCACAGCUUUCUUAUCAGGGCAGCACACCAGAUCGGAGCCACAACUGGGGCGCGCCACCCUUCAGCCUCCCUGACCGGGUGCCGUCCAUGUCCCACUGGAAGCAUGACGUCAUCACCUUCUACUACUGCUGUCUGUGGAACGAGUACUCCCUGUGUGAUCUGUACAUGGAGCAGAGACCAACGGCCGACUGCAGAUACUACGACGUGCCUGGGAUAGCAGGUUCGUCUGCGCUGACCCAGCUGGUCAUCUCUGCCCACAACACGCCGGUCAUCGCGGUGUGGCCCGUGCCGGAGGGAGCUCAUGACGGGACUGGUCAGUCCAGGGGUCUGGAGGUGGUCAUCGAUGACGAGACCCAGCUGUUCACCACCACGUCCACAAUGUGGCAGGACUUUGCUGGUGGUCUGUCUGUGCUCAACAACGCACCGACACCAGCAGAAAACAGCCACAACAACUUCACAUUCCUCUUCUCCCCGGCCAACAUCGGGGUCAACGUCCUCGCAGUCAACGGCAUCCUGCACGUGACCGUGGCUUUGCCUCCUGACGUCAAGAAUCAGACAGGUGGCCUACUCGGCAAGUAUGACGGAGAUCCGACCAAUGACUUCACGUCUCCGGAUGGCCAGGUGACUCCAGACGACGCGAGCCCAGCAGAAGUUUACCAAGACUUCUUCGCUUCGUGGGCCGUCAAGCGUCCGGAGAGCCUGUUCUACCAGCACAGCCCGGCACGACCCAUCGGCGAGUACACGCCGUAUCUGAGCUACGCGCAGAUUCCUUCCGACUACCCCGGGGCUCCUCAGGAGAGUGAGAUUUUGAGCGUGUGUGCCGGUGACGAGAACUGCAAGUGGGACUUCCGGGUCACAGGGCAGAGGAGCGUUGCCGAGGCAACCCGGGACGCGGACGCCUUGUUUGACUACGUCAAGUCUUCAGCUCGAAAGGCUCCCGUCCAUAGAGGCUUCCACGACCCUCACUGCGAGGGCCGACAAGUGAUCGUCCAUCUGUUUGAGUGGAAGUGGACGGACGUGGCCCAGGAGUGUGAGAGGUACCUGGGACCUAUGGGAUUCUGCGGCGUACAGAUUUCCCCUCCAAAUGAGCACGUCAACGAAUUCCCCAAGUGGGCGUGGUCCGAGCGCUAUAACCCGGUCAGCUACAAGCUGGAGAGUCGCAGCGGUACAGAGGCCCAGCUCAGGGACAUGGUGCAGCGCUGUAACAAAGUCGGAGUGAGAAUUUACGCAGACGCCGUGAUAAACCACAUGGCGGCCUUGGAGUUUGCCGGGUUUGGCGUGGCCGGAAGUUUCUACAACGCCAGCGCCAGAUACUUCCCUGGCGUCCCCUACAACAGCAGUCACUUCAACAUGGCAAACAGAUGCCCUGGGGCCAACUCACAGUCGCCAGUCCGCCAUGACCUGACGGACAUCAGAAACUGCGGCCUGAGCCCACUGACUGACCUCAACCACGGCUUUGAGUGGGUGCGGGCCAAGGUCGCCGCCUACCUCAACAGUCUGAUCGACAUAGGCGUGGCCGGCUUCAGGGUGGACGCCGCCACAUACAUCUGGCCCAUGGACUUAGACAGCAUCCUGUCACGGAGUUCCGCUACACUGACGCCAUAUCCCGCGCCGUGAGCAACAUCUCGCUCCUGGACAGCCUGGUCCAGGCUGACUGGGUUCCCUCUGAUGACGCCCUUGUCUUCGUGGACAACCACGACACACAGAGGUCGGACGACGGCACUGCCUUCAACUUCAAGAGCCCCAAUCCAUACACUCGAGCAGUGGCCUUCACCUUGGCCUACAACUACGGCUUCACUCGUAUCAUGAGCAGCUACUACUUCCUGUACCGCUCACAGUCGCCGCCCCAUGUGGGCGGGGUCACCAAGGACGUCACCAUCAACGCUGACGGGACUUGUGGGAACGGCUGGGUCUGUGAGCAUAGGUGGAAAGCUAUCUCCAACAUGGUCAAAUUCCGGUCUGCGGUGUCCGGCACGUCAGUGGACAACUGGAGCAACACACACGGCGUGGCUUCCUUCAGCCGUGGGGACAAAGGCUUCUUCGCCAUGUCCACUUACCGCUUCCGGGUGACCGUGAACACAGGUCUCCCCGCCGGCACCUACUGUGAUCUGAUGAGCGACUGUGCCCAGAACGUGACGGUAGACGCUACAGGCCGGGCGCUAGUGGAGCCUCAUCCUACAGGGGACUACAUGGUUGCCUUCAUCAACCAGAACUGACCACAAUCUCUUGCUGGAUUAAUCUGCAGUCCAGUUUCUCCUAGGACACGCUUGCUUUCUUCAGAAUGCCUUUGACAUCAUCCCAAUCUCAAAGUCUUCUCAGAGAUGGAUAUUCCAUUUGAAAGAUCAAGCCUCUUAUUGCCUUGAAAACGCAAAUAGUUUCCAUAACAUAACUUAACUUAGACACAUGUUGUUUUGCACUCUAGUUAGAAUCCAUGAUGGUAUGUGUUGAAUCCAUGAUAAUAUGUGUUUUCCUUUACUUAAAAAUACUGAAUAAAACAGUGCUGCUUCUA